CUAUCUACGCCCUCUGUGGCAACUCUGUCACUUCGGCUCCUGAUGUCCAAAUGCAAUGAACUGGACAGAACCCACAACAGGCCAUUAUUCCUGGAUGGAAUGCCAGAUGAGGGCAUACCGUCGAGAUUUACACGGACCUGCAACACAUUCAUUAGCCGCUACAGAAAGUUCGUCUCCACGUAUGAAACUUUCGUACUGUUUAGGAUAAUCACCGACUCCCAGACUUCCGGACGUGUGAGAGCAUACGGCGAGCUCUACAAAAACUCCCGCACACAAAGUGGUAUCCCACUUCUAAUUAAUCUUGUGACCGACGAAAUGAUGAGACGAACACUCGAAGGUUUUCAAAACCCCGGUGUUCAAAUAGCCUGUGAUGAAGACCUUGUCGAUCUCGAUUAUACAGACUACAUUGUUCUCAUCUUCGAAAAGGAGAAGGCGCGAGUGUUUUUGGACGAAAUAACCAAAAUCAUCCCGUCCUUUGGUAUGCGCUCUGCACCUACAAUGGUUCUGGACAUGCAGUCACUAAACACGCCCAUUAUAUUCCAGCGAGAGGCACUGAAAGUUGUGGAACGUUUUACGUAUCUUGGGGGUUGCAUUAUUUCUGAUUGUAGUGUGACAGAUGAGGUCAAUCCACGAAUCCGAAAGGUUCGGGUCGCAUUUGCGAAUUUGAGAUACCCAUGGCGUCGAAUUGGUGUAUCCGUUAAUCUCAAAGGACGUGUGUAUCGAGCUAUAAUGCAGGCUGUUUUGUUGUAUGGCUGUGAGACUUGGUUUGUUCGAGCGGCGGAACUGAGACGUCGUCAGGUGCUCGACAAUCGUUGCGUUUUCAAGUUUUCGCCCACCACUGGCUCAGAAGCUUUGCUGAUGUCGGACGGCGUCAACGGAUUUGUGACAAGACUAGAAAGCCGGAAUAUCCGGGUGGGCACUUUGAAGUUGAGCGACGGUACAGCGAUUUUGAAUGGCUUCACAACCGACUUACCCAGCUUCAUCCGUCUCUGUUUAUUCCGUUUCGUCAACACGAGCUCAGAUGUGAGCACGUUCGAUAGUUUGGACCUGAUGAUUCAGGUGCUUCCAGCAUAUGCCGAUGGAGUGGCGGUAACAGCUUCUCCUCCUGUGCCUGAUUUUCCGCUACCCGGGAAAAUGCUAACAACAGCCUUAGAUCGCUUUUCGGAUAAUUUUCUCCGUCCCCGUGCCCUGGGACUUCAAUUAUUUUUGGCACGCCUUUCCCGACAUCCAAUCUUGUUUGUAAGCCCAGAUGCGGUCGCCUUUCUUACGCUGCUGAGGGAGGACUUUGAAAAAUAUCGGUCAUCACACGCACCGGCAAGCCUGCUGUCUCACCUUUUAUCAGAUAGUCGUUCGAGCAUUCGUAAUCUGAUAAAUUCUGGGCGUCCCGGAGGAGAUGAAGAAGAAGAUUCCGUUACACCACAAGCUGCUCUUGGACUUAUAGGCUCCAGCGCUAUGCGUGAGUAUGAGCGAGAAUUUCAGGACUAUUCAGACGAAACAGAGAAGUUUAUCGCGAUAACUCAGCGUCUUGCACGUGCCACUGAAUUUGUGUCCCAUCAGCUGGAGAACCUUGGUAUGGGUUUCUCCGAGCUUGCACGUUGCCUGGAAAUGUGGCCACCCUCCCUGGUCGUUGAUGUGGCGGGACAAACUGCUUCGAACGCGUCGCAGUUACAAGCACUUUUGACUCCCAGUCCGCCUACUAUGAAUCUGAAAUGGGACCGAGAUCGUCCUCCAGCUCCAGCCGUGAUUGCUAAUGUAACCCAAGUCGUAGCCAAAGAAACUACGGAUCUAUCUACCCGUCUAAAGAACAACACUCUCGUUCAUUGGCGCGACGCUGCCCAAUAUGCUCAAUCUGUCAGAGCUGUCUUGAACAGCCGUGGUGAUCUGGAAAACCGUUAUUUCACUACGGUAGAGGACCUGAAAGUGGAAUCCGAAAAUCCAUCCAGAGGACAGGAAGGACGUUUCAUGCGCUUUGCGAGGGGCUACUUUUCGUGGAAUCAGCGCUCUUUAUCUCAGCUUGUCUCUGAUGCGAACCAGCUGCAAGAUCAAGUCAGUUUUGUCAACGGUCAAAUUCGUGCAGAGUUUGGACGCUGGCGAGCGGAGCGGCGCGAAGAAUUAAUGGAGAAUUUGGUUAACAUGUCUCAGUCCUAUGUGUUAUACUGGUCCCGUGUGGUUGACGCCUGGCGGAGUGCAGCUGUAGAACUCGGACCUUAUCUUCCCUCCGACCAAGCAGGAGUAAUUUCCACCGCACAGCCCUCUAACGGAGUCCAAAACGAAGAAGUGACGAAUAGUGCACCGGAGGAGGACGAUGUAACGCCGCACUGAAUGUGUCCCGAUGAUUCACAAGAGUAAUUCAGCUAUUGUAAUCGUUUUUUCGCCUAUCCAGGUGAAUGGAACCGCAGUCAUACCUGGCACACCCUUUUACAUCGAAACAAGCAGACAACUUCCAAAUCUGGCUGUGCUUGAUUAUCCCAGGACUCAUCAAAUCGCAUCGGAUGAUGUGACUAACCACUACCCUCUGCAUAUGCUUUCCACAGUUCCAAGUGGAACAUCCCGCGUCCAUUCCAACCGAUGAACAGAUUAUCACCCUACCGCAAUCUUUCGUUUCAGCGCCCGCAUUGUUCAGACUGUUGUUUAUUAUUCCUUUUGUCAACGAAUGUCAUGGAUAAUAAAGAUCUUUCUGCUUAAACUUAUAAUUGGAUAUCAGGGCAACGGCUAUGCAGUAUGGUACUAAUUGAGGCUUC